UGAAGAAAAGAUUAAAUUUCAAAUCCAAUCAGUUUUCGACGAUGAUUCAACAUCUUCACAUAUAUCUUUUUGGUUGUAAUUACGUGGAAACAACAAUGGUGUUUUAAUACAUAUUUAAUACUGGUAAUCAGAAUGUGUUCUUAGGUGUCAAGUUAUAUGGCUACGAUUGGAUAAUGUUUGAAGUGUAAUUACUUUCAAAAAAGUAUUAUUUCAAGACCCUAAAAAAAGCUAUUGUUUACCUUUUAUAAUUCUAAAUAAACAAUGUAUAUUUGUCCGGCCCGUGGCCCACAACUCGGAUUAUGUACGAAGCCCAAACGUUUGAGCACCCAUGCUCUAUAGGCUACCCAAUUUUUACAGUAGCCUAUAUGUGUGUAUAGUGUAAAUAAAGUUGAGUAAUGAUGUGAUGUGCAUGUGCAUAUACCUAACCCCUUUCUCAUAAUGAUCAACAAAGGCAUACCCUUCCUCUAAUUAUUCUUUGUCCAGACAUGUUUACCUGUCCUUCAGUACAGUUACAGUAUUGCCAUCAGCAGUCAGUCCCCUGGUCACACACACUUGAUAAAACACAUAUUAACAAAGUAUGUCCCCAUAAAACAUACAGAUUGUCCAGAACCCAACCCUCAACACAACACAAAACACCCACAGUUUCCAUCUUGCUCAUCUCUGUCCAGGUCCUAACGAGGCUGCGACCGUACCUCUGUGACAAGAUCCGGGUCGACCGCCAUUUUGACUACCUGCGCUCGCGCAAGAUCCUUACGCGGGACGACACAGAGGAGAUCAGCUGCAGGAGCACGCAGAGUAAACGGACGGGCAUGCUGCUGGACUACCUGGCUGAGAACCCUCGGGGGCUGGACGCCCUGGUCGAGUCCAUCCAGCAAGGACGUACCCUCAACUUCAUCAUCACCAAGAUCACUGAUGAGGUGCAGAAAGUGAAGAACGAGAGGAUAGAGGCUCUCAGAGCAGGGGCAUCCAGUUCCUCCUCGGGCUUCCUGCCAACCCAGGACACAUCCAGGGCUGCUAAAGACCUGUCCAGGACGCUGUCAUAUGAGACCAACCUGGCAUCCACCAUGCCGUACAACGGAGAUGGGAGCCCAUCCACCUCUGACGCACUAAGAUCCCUCAACCUGCCCACUGCCUCCAGCCAAGGGAAGGAGGUGUCAUCAUCCAUGGGAGGGGAUAGCAUGGUUGUGUCUUCAUCCCAGGCCUCGUCCAAACUGCCCAGGCCUGGAGACCCAGGGGCUCCCCACCUGCCGCAGGAGGCCUUAUCUAACAUGGAUGCUGGACCACACGGGAGCACAGCGAUCAGCGGAGGGGACGCCAACUUCCAGCCCCUGAGGUCACGCUCCAUCACCCCCACUUCCACAUCAUACAGGGACCUCUCGCCUCGGCCCCCACCAAAAUCUUACUGAGGACCGCCCCUUGCCCUGGAAUGUCUCCCACAUCAUUACUCAUCACAAACAUUCACACUUCAAUUUUAUUGUUUGUAUGUUUGUACCAGUUUAUGUGUUUUCUCAAGGGUUUUAGUUCAGUGAUACAUCAAUCAAAUAGCAACUCGUAAAGUGUAUUACAUGCCUUACAUUAUACUCUGGGUUAUUAGAAAGCUGGACAAGCUUAUUUCGAAUUCAAUGAAGAAACCAUACAAGUAACUACUUACUAAUCAUGUCUCAAUCAUAAGCUGUACCUUCAUGAAUUUGACUCUGCUCCUAUCAAGUCAUCUUUCAUAAGAUGCCCCUUACCCACAGAGAGACGGAUUGAGAUAUAGGUACACUUUAUUCUGAACUUGGACUAAAGUUGUAGGUCAUCAUUCUCCAUCAACACUACUGCUCAUCUCCUUUCCUAUGAAUUAUGGGUGUGUGAGUUCUUCAUGAGAGACUGGCAUCAACAUGCCACACCAUGAAUUAUGGGGGUAUGAGUUCUUCAUGAGAGACUGGCAUCAACAUGCCACACCAUGGCAGCUACAGUAGAGAUGUUUCCUUGUAAGGAGCCCAGAGCAUCAGAAGACAACUUCUCUGUAUUGACACAUAACACUGGAAUUAAUGGUUCAGCAUAUGCUUUAAGGCACACAAACUGUAGUCACAAACUGUGGUAGACCUACGCUGAAAUGGUUAAUGUUUUUACUCUAUAGACUAGAGUAUUGUUAUACUAUAGAUACAUUUUCUUAUUGUGAAAGGGCAUGAAUGUGUAAUGUGGUACAACGGUGUUACUUAUUAUCAGAAAGUGAACUUUAAUACCUGCUAUUUUGAUAAUUGAUGUCCCAGUACUUUUUAUAUUUGAGAUCUUGAAAAUGUAGGCCUUCUAUAAAUAAAUCAAAGGAAUAUGAGACACAGGA